AUGCUGCUGGGCUUCUGCGAAGACUACAAACGCGUGGUGAUCAACGCGCGACACGAACUCGUUCUGAUUCGCGCGCGCAACGACAACAACUGCGUCGUGCUGUCGAGCGACCGACACGAGCCAAAGAUAGAUCUGCACAAGGUGCAGUGGCGCAUGCCACACGUGUACCUGAACGAGAUCAACAAACUACGGCUGCUGCGCACCCUCGAGAACGGGCGAUUUCUCAGCAUGGCGUUUCACUCGUGGGACCUGUACGAGUUCCCACUUCUGCAGAGCACGACCGCGCACACCUGGGCCGUUAAAGCGACUACGCAGCUGGAAAAGCCGCGCUACGUCAUCUUCGCGCUGCAGACCGGCCGAAGGAACGUCAGGACGAAGGACGCCUCUCUGUUUGACGAAUGCGACCUCUCCAACGUAAAGCUGUUUCUCAAUUCGGAAUUCUACCCCUACGACGACAUGCAUCUGGACUUUACGAAAAAUCGGUACGCAGUGCUGUACGACAUGUACACCAGAUUCUGCAGAGCGUUCUACGCGCUCGAUUGGGAUGAUGACGGUGCGAUGCUGACGAUGAGCAAGUUCCUGCACUGCGGUCCGCUCGUGGUUAUAGACUGCUCUAGGCAGAACGAGGCGGUGAAGAGCGCCACCGUCGACGUACGCAUAGAGUUCGACUGUAGGCGUAACGUCCCGCCCGAGACAACGGCUUCCUGCCUCAUACUUCACGAUCGCGUAGUAGAGUACAAUCCGCUUACGAGCGUGGUUCGACGAGUCGUAUAG